CAGUAUCAGCAGCAGGUAGAGAUAGUAAGUCAACACGUGAGGGGAGGUGUUGGUCACGGUGGGAGGCGGCGCAUGAUACCAGCCAACACAAAACCUCCAACCUCUUUUUAUCUAUCGUGGUCUUCACUGCAGCUCUUCCUCAGGUGACAGCCCAGCAGUCAACGCUACUACCUGGAACAACAUUGUUAACAUGGGAUCAACCGGAUGACUAAUGGUAAUGACCAUCAUUAAGACCACUCACCACAGCUCUUGAGGCUCAGUGAGUAAUGGAGGAAGACUUCGGGUACGUGAAGGUGUGGCACGGCCCCGGCCCUAUACGAGACCUCUUGCAGCCUAGUAAAAAUGGAGGUGACUUCCAACAGCACUGGGAGCCACUCACACCCCGCCAGAAAGAGUGGGACACCCGUCUUGUGCGACCUGAGUCCUCACUUUACGAUAUUAAUGACAAAUAUAUGGAUGUAAAUAAUGUAUCAGUGGAUCCUAAUGAAGGCUAUGUGGAUUAUUAUGGUGCGUAUGUGGAUGAUAAUUGUGGAGAAACUAAUGGAUUGCGAUAUUCUCCCGUUGUUGAUGUCCACCUGGCCAGGUAUGGAGAGCGAGACAGACAGGUAGAACGAGAAUUCAAUACUGACACGGCCUCGGGUGAGCUGCAGAAUCAUAAUAAAGUUUUCGUUCAUACAAAUGGAGAGAAUUAUAGGUAUGGUGAGCUCCCAGGCCACCAGAGAUGGGGUGACAACUUCUCCCAUGAACGACCCCUCGGCAAACAUCAAGAGCCUUCAUAUUCUCCUCUUGUUAGGAGGAGGAGUAGUGUUGUGUUUGAAGACCAACAAGGACAACUCAUCACUCAGAAACAACCGAGGAAAUUCGGACAACAACACCAACAAGACCAACUGCCAACAAGAUAUGCUUGGGAAAACUGGAAAGUGUAUAAUCCUUCCCAAGACGUUAGGGAGUCGACCAAGCUGCACUAUGAACGAGGACGACCAAGAAGCCCUCGUCGAGCACAUGAUGAGUCAAGUUCAGCUCAUCCAUGGUACAAUUUUGCAACACCAGAAGGUGACCCACACAGAGUGACAACAGCGGUCCGCGAACCACAGGAAACUAGACAAGACCAAAGUUCUUCCACCGACCAAUCCAGAACUCAAAAUGGUAAUUCUCGCUUUAAGAGAGAGCAAUGGGUGGACCAGAGAAGGUCUAAAUCUUUGGAUCCUAACAGGGCAGACCGUCAUAAGCCAGAGUUUGUGGAAGACCGCAGGAAUCAUCAUGAAAGGUCUGAAUCCACAGAACCUCACAGACUUGACCUUCAUAUGUCCAAAUUUAUAGAAGAUUGUAGAAAUCAUCAAGGAGUGCUUGAACCUACGAAGCCUCACAGGACCGAAAAUAAACACUCAAAACCCAGAAAACAUGGUAAAGGGCAGCAAAGAAGGUCAGAGCCCAAGGAGAAUCGUCGUUGGAACCAGCAGGAAAGAUCAGAACCCAAAAUGCCAUACAUACCCCAACCAGACUAUACUUGGUACAGAAAGAAGGUUUGGAAAUAAGUAGUGUAACAUUACUGAGUUCCUGUCAUAUAUAAGAAAACUUUAAGUUACUAUAAUUUACCUGGAGAUAUGUAUAUAUGUAAACAACUACUGUACUUAAUUAUACUUAAUGAUAUUCUUCUUGUCUCAGCUGUUAAAAUGUUAAUGAUUAUACUUGACCCUGUAAAUAAUCACUAUACCUGUACAGUAAAAUGCAAUUUUGUUCUGCCAUGUAAAAGUUGGUCUCACAGGCUUGACAGCAGGUCAGGGACAGAGUGAAUACAGCACCACUGUUUACUGUAUUAACUUAACCCAUCAGUAUACAAGGAGACAGCACUGCACUCAACCACUUUCCCUUUCCCAGCAAUAAAAUUAAAUACUGUACUGUACCCACUAACAGCUCGGUGAACUGGGGUUGUGUGGGCACUGUAACUAGCGACCUGGUGAACCAAACAAACAGAAGGCCACCACAGUAUCUACUCAGCCACCACAACUCUUUAUCCUUGUGUCAUAUCUUUAUACAAAUGGUUGGAAUUGUGUAAGAAAAUGGUCUCAUGUCAAUUAUCUAUUAAAUUUUUGACUGUUUGUCUUAAUUUUAUCAAGUAAUGAAUGAAAAUAAUUGUACACUUCCUAGAGACUAUAAAUGCCUGUACCUGUACUGUGACUGAUUAAUUGGAGAUUUGAAAGAAAAACUUCCACAUCUAACAUUGUUUGUCUCUUCUGGGAUAAACAAAUGGGAAAGUGUACUAGAGGUCACAGCCUUAAAUAAAGGAGCUAUCACAUC